AUGAGGAAACAAGCCGCCGUCUCAACCCAUGAAUCGCCCCCCGUCCCGGGAUCUGUUUCCACUCAACUUACUGGGUCACGCAAAAAUGCAGACGCGCUUCAGACAUCCUCCACGAAAGGAGACGAAGGACACCAAUAUUUGGGGCCACGGGCUCUCACACUUCUGGGCGGCUCCCUUCUGCUCGUCAUCCUACUCAUCACUGUCGAUGCCUCCAUUCUUGCAACUGCCAUCCCCCAAAUCACAGAUCACUUCCAUACCAUCGCAAACAUUGGCUGGUAUCCCGCGGCAUACAUGAUCACAAAUGCAUCGUUACAGCCUCUUACCGGAAAAGUGUUUACAUACUUCCCUCUCAAGGGCGCCUUCCUUGUUUUUGUCGCCGUCUUCGAAUUAGGUUCCUUGAUAUGUGCUGUUGCCUCGUCUAGUACUAUGCUAGUAGUGGGGCGAGCAGUCGCCGGUAUAGGCGCAUCAGGUCUUAUGAACGGGGUCCUCACUAUACUUGCCGUUGCCGCUUCUCCUUCUGUUCGACCUACCAUGAUGGGCCUCCUCAUCUCCUUCGCCGGUGCUGGACAACUCAUAGGCCCGCUGGUCGGCGGUGCCUUAACUGAACAUGCUUCAUGGCGUUGGUGUUUUUGGAUCAACCUUCCCAUCGGCGCGGUGGCCAUAGUUGCGACGACAUUCAUCCGUUUUCCGGCAUACAAAGCUCGCAAGCCAAGCUGGGCAUUGUGGGAUGUGGUUCACGACUUUGACAUCACCGGAUUUGUCCUUUUCGCACUAGCAUGCAUUAUGCUUCUACUCGCUUUGGAAUGGGGUGGAACUACGUACUCAUGGUCGUCCGCCACAAUCAUCGGACUCUUAUGCAGGUCUUCAGGGACAUUCAUAGUCUUCAUCAUUUGGGACAGUUUGAUCAACGCUGCAUUACAGUUCGGAGGCAUAUUGGUACACGUCUAUUACCUGCCGCUCUGGUUCCAAGCGAUCAAAUCAGCCAGCCCAACAAUGAGUGCAGUCUACAUCCUCCCAACAUUCGGGUUGCAAAUCUUCAGUGCGAUCUUUGCUGGAGCACUAACAUCUCGGUUCGGCUAUCUUAUGCCACUCUCAGCGACGGGUUCUAUCUUUAUUACAAUCUCAGCAGGGCUAGCCAGCACACUCACUACAGAUGCUGACGCGGGGAAAUACAUUGGAUACCAGGUCCUCAACGGAGUUGGACGAGGCUUGUCAAUGCAACAACCGGUCCAAGCGGUUCAGUCCAUCGUUUUACCUGCCAUGAUCCCGAUCGCAACCGCCACUGUGGCAUUCUCACAGACGUUCGGCGCCGCCCUGUUCAUCAGCCUCAGCCAAACCACCUUUCUCAACUUGCUUCGCCCAGCGCUACGCACUCAUGCACCCAAUAUAAAUGCACAAGAUGUCAUUAACACCGGUGCAACGAAUUACCUAGCCAAGCUCUCAGUCGGGCCGGACAACGCCGAUACAAGAACUGGUGUGCUCCUAGCGUACAACCAGGCGGUUACAAGGACAUUCUACCUCGCGGUGGGAUGUGGAGUUGGUGCCUUUGUAACGAGUUUGGGACUGGGGAAGACAAAGGUGGAAACGAAGAAAGAGAAGAAGAACAACGACGCCGAGAAGCGAAUUGAGAAGGAGGAGAAGGACGAGAGACGCAGCGGCCUGGAGGAAAGUGAGAGAAGCAAGAAGGAAACGGGGCCUCACGACGACAGCGUCAACGGUUCGCCGCAGCCGAGCCGUAUGGCUUCGUGA